ACAAGAUGAAGGUAAACUACAAACUUUUGCCUAUCAAGGCUCACUACUUCUGCUUCAUGGCUGCUCUGGGGCCCCUGCUACCUCAAAUGAACGUGUUCGGACGCCAAUUGGGGGUCUCACCGGCAGUUAUGGGCAUUGUUACAUCAAUUCUGCCAAUAUUAUUUAUGAUUGCCAAACCUGUUGUAGGAUUCUUAGCUGAUUAUUUUAAAAGUUUGAGAAAAUUUAUAUUUUUAAGUUUAAUUGUGACAAUGUGUACUUCUUUUGGAUUACUGUAUUUUUUGCCUGCUCCGACUGAAGAAUUGACUAGUUUGUGGCAAAACGGUACUGUAGAAAUAAAUGCAAGUAAAUGCCCGAUAGGAAUAUGUAAUGAAACUAAUACUGCUGGUGCACUUUUACAAGAUGUGUCAUGCCACUAUUCUUGUCCUGAUCUCAAGCCUGAUAAUUUGACGAACAAAUUUAAUGCAUCCUUAUAUCACGAUCAAAAUAGUUUCAACAUUUGUGUCAACAAAACUCAAAAGUGUGAUAAGCCUUAUGAUUGUAAAUAUGUUUGUGAACAAAUAGUACACGAAGACUACUUUUUAUAUGGAACACCUACGUUCUGGUUGUUUGUUAUUCUCAUGUCGUUGGGAACAAUUGCAUUUAAUGUUACUAAUUGUAUAAGUGAUGCUAUAUGUUUCGAUAUUUUAGGAAAUGGUGGUGAAAUGAAAUAUGGGAAACAGAGAGUUUGGGGCACCAUUGGAUACGGCAUUACAGCCCUGUUAAGUGGUUUUGCUAUAGACAAAUACUCAGAAGGAAAGCCGUACAAAGAUUAUUUACCAGGAAUUAUUAUAAUGAUGGCAUUUACUUUAUUUGAUUUAAUAGGCUGUAAGAAACUACGGUUACCUGAUUUAAGUACUCCAAGCAGCAUCACGAGUGAAGUAUGGAAACUGUUAAAACAGAGACACAUUGCUAUUUUUAUUUGUUUCGCGACAAUGGCCGGGGUAAUGGAUUCUUUUAUAAUUUAUUAUUUGUUUUGGUACAUGGAAGAGUUAGCUGAAAUAGCAGGUUAUCAUCAGCACAUCAAGUUACUAGAAGGCUUAACAAUUGCUGCUGAAUCUUUUGGAGGAGAGGUUUUAUUUUUUUUAAUAUCCGGUAAAAUUUUAUCUAAAAUCGGUUAUGGUCAUUCUUUAACAAUAUGUUUCUUCUGCUACGCUUUACGUAUGGGACUCAUAUCAUUCGUAUCUAACCCCUGGUGGGUGUUGCCGAUUGAAUUCUUCAUGCAAGGUCCAACCUACGCAUUGUGCUACACAACAAUUGUUGCCUAUGCGAGUGCAGUGGCACCAGAAGGAGCUUCAGCAACCGUUCAAGGUAUUGUUGCAGGUAUGGAUGAUGGUUUUGGAUUUUCAAUCGGCAGUUUAAUAGGUGGAUUUCUAAUGAAAUCCAUUGGAGGUGCUUUAUCUUUUAAAGUUUUUUCAAUAAUGGCCUUAUGUUGCUGCAUUGUACAUUGCAUUUUGUACUUUACUGUCCUUAAGGACAGAAUGGGGACACACAAAAGUGUUUUGCAAAAGACUCUCGAGAGUAAAGAAAAGGGGCAAUAUGAAACACCACAAGUAGCCUUAUCGCAAAAGCAGGACCAUGCUUAGGUGUCUUCCAUAAAUGAUAUAGUAUAUCAUUGGUCAUACAAUUAUUAGUUUUUAUGUGUACAUAUAAAUUAUUUAUUGUAUAUCUUGCAAAAUUUUA